GGCCGGCGCUUCUCUUCCAGCGCGAGCCCGCGUUCUCUGAGUACGCGCGUAUCCUGGAGCUGGGGCUCGGGCGGCGGGCGGGACGCUGGGGACGCGGAGGCGAGGGGCGGGCCUGCCGGGGCGGGGCCAGGGAGGCGGAGAAAGUCGCGGCUGCCCAGAGCCUCGUCGCGUGUUCCGGGCCCCCGGAAGUGGCCGUUGUAAACUUCACCUCGUAGACUUUCUCCAUCCUGGCCCUAGAGUCCAUCGGCUUUCCCCAGUUGUCACUCUUUCUCCUGAGAGUUGCCUGACCUCCCACUCACCCCGAGACCUGAAGCUGCCUGGGGGUCGUGGGUGUGCAGGCUGGACCACGCGAGUCCGAGACUUUAGUCCAUCUAACCUGUAAGUCACAGACAUCUCCGAAAGAAAGUAUAUUAUUAAGAAGCAGUGAGUGAGGUAUUUUGAAAAAAUUGGAAGACUUACCAUGAGUUUAAACACUUCAAGCAAUGCCACUCCUGGGGACACCCAAAGGUUGAAAAAUGCCUCACUGGAUGUAAAACAAAUGCUUAAAAAUGAAACAGAGUCAGAUAUCAUCGCUGAUCUCAGAAAGAAGCUCCAUCGGGCUAAGAAGGAGAAAUUAGAAAUGACAACUAAGCACAAUGCAGAGCUGUCAAGCUAUGAGAGCCAGAUUGCCAGGCUGCGGUCUGAGGUGGAAAAAGGAGAAGCGCUGCGACAGCGUCUGGAGUACGAUCUGGCUGUCGCUAGGAAGGAGGCUGGUCUGGGAAGACGGGCGGCCGAGGAGAGACUGGCCGAGGCGCAGCGGAUUCAAGAGAGGCUCUGCGCUCAGAAUUCAGAACUUCAGGGAAAGGCAAAUGAGAUUGAGAAAACAUUCCAGAUUUCCCAAGAGAAAUGGAGAGAAGAAUGCAGGAGAUUUGAACAUGACUUGGAGGAACGAGACAAUAUAAUUCAAAAUUGCAAUCAAGAAUACGAGUCACUUAUGCAGGAAAAAACCCGGCUACAAAAAACUCUACAGGAGAUCCUGGAGAAGCACGAACAAGAGAAGACAGAGCUGGAGUCCCGUGUCAGGGAGACCGCAUUGGGCGAAUUUAGAUUACAAACAGAAGAGUGGGAAGCAGAACGGAGAGAGUUACAGCUUAUAGUACAGGAGCAAGAUAGUGCCGUGCAGAGUAUGCAGAAAAAAGUGGAACAGCUAGAAGCAGAGCACAUGGACUGCUCUGACCUUCUACGGCGACAGACGAGCGAGCUUGAGUUUAGCACUCAAAGGGAGGAACGCCUGAGGAAAGAGUUUGAGGCAACCACUCUGAGGGUGAGGAAGUUGGAAGAGAAUAUUGAAGCAGAAAGAGCAGCACAUUUGGAAUCAAAAUUUAAUUCUGAAAUUAUUCAGUUACGGAUUCGAGACCUUGAAGGAGCUUUACAAGUAGAAAAAGCCAGCCAGGCAGAGGCUGUGGCUGACCUGGAAAUGAUCAAGAACGAAUUCAAAGAGGUUGAGAGUGCAUAUGAGCGAGAGAAGCAAAACACACAGGAGAGCUGUGCAAAGCUGAACUUAUUAGAAAGAGAAUAUUUCUCCCAAAACAAGAAACUAAAUGAAGAGAUCGAAGACCAGAAGAAAGUAAUUAUAGAUCUUUCAAAGAGACUCCAAUAUAAUGAAAAAAGUUGCGGUGAGCUACAGGAGGAACUUGUAAUGGCUAAGAAGCACCAGGCCUUCCUAGUGGAGACAUGCGAGAAUAACGUGAGAGAACUGGAAUCCAUCUUGGGCAGCUUUAGCGUGUCAGCGCAGUGGACAUCAGGCGUCCACAAGGACAAAGAUAAGCCUCCCAGCUUCUCCGUCGUCCUUGAGACUUUGAGGCGGACCUUGACAGAUUACCAGAACAAGCUGGAAGAUGCAUCUAAUGAGCUAAACAACAUAAAUGAUGCCAAGGAAAAGACAUCCAACGAACUCGAUUCCACCAAACAAAAGAUUGAGACUCACAUUAAAAAUACAAAGGAGCUGCAGGAUAAGCUGACGGAGGUCCAUAAGGAGCUCAGUCACUUGCGCGCUAAGUGCGCAGACCGCGAGGCUCUGAUCACCUCGUUGAAGGUGGAGUUGCAGAACGUGCUGCACUGCUGGGAGAAGGAGAAGGCCUGUGCCGCCCAGUGUGAGAGCGAGCUGCAGAAGCUGUCGCAGGCCUUCCAGAAGGACUCCGAGGAGAAGCUAACCUUCCUUCACACCUUGUAUCAGCACUUGGUAGCAGGCUGUGUGCUCAUAAAACAACCAGAAGGCAUGUUGGAUAAAUUCUCUUGGUCUGAGCUUUGUGCAGUCUUGCAGGAGAAUGUUGAUGCCCUCAUUGCAGACCUUAACAGGGCUAAUGAGAAGAUAAGCCAUCUGGAGUAUAUCUGUAAAAACAAGUCCGAUACGAUGAGAGAGCUUCAGCAGACGCAGGAAGACACCUUCAACAAGGUGGCGGAACAGAUCAAGGCCCAGGAGAGCUGCUGGCAGAAGCAGAAGAAGGAGCUGGAGUUCCAGUACUCUGAACUUCUCCUGGAGGUGCAGAGGAGGGCACAGAAAUUUCAAGAAAUUGCAGAAAAAAACUCAGAAAAAUUGAACCGCAUUGAGACCUCCCAUGAACAACUGGUUCGUGAGAAUUCGCACUUCAAAACCACAUUGUCCAGGACGCAGAGGGAACAGACGUGCUUGCUGGCGGCCUGUGCGCUGAUGGCCGGUGCGCUGUGUCCCCUCUACAGCAGGUCAUGUGCCUUAUCCACACAGAGGGACUUUCUCCAGGAACAAGUCAACAGCUUGGAACUGUUCAAACUGGAAAUUAGAACCCUGGCCCAGGCGUUGUCAGCGGUAGAUGAGAAGAAACAAGAAGAAGCCAAAACGAAGAAAAAAACAUUCAAAGGAUUGGUCCGUGUCUUCCGGAAAGGCGUGAUUGCAAUCUUGGCAGCAAACAGACUCAAGCUUUUGGGCCAAUCCUGUGCCUUUCUUUUCACCUGGAUGGAGAGUUGUAAAGAAGGCAUAGGCAUGCUAGUGUGUACCGGGGAGCCCAAAGACAAGCGCCAAUUCCCAAAACAUCAGAGGGAACAGUUACGCUGUUUACAGGCACUCGCGUGGCUCACCAGUUCUGACCUUCUAGGUACGGUUAUCAGUUCUAUGACAGAGCUGCAAGAAGUCAUUAGUAAAACAGAUCCAAAUUCCAGGAUUUGUGGACAUUUACUCAUAGGUGCAGCCAAGAAUUCUUUUGCAAAACUAAUGGAUAAACUUAGCUCGGCAAUGGCAAGCAUCCCUCUGCAUAGCAGCCGGAGCAUAACGUAUGUAGAAAAGGAUUCUCUGGUUCAGAGGCUGGCCCGGGGGCUUCACAAAGUGAACACGCUGGCCCUGAAGUAUGGUUUAUGCAGCCAUAUUCCCAUCAUGAAAAGCACUGCAGCGUUACAAAAGCAAAUAUUUGGGUUUACGCAAAGGCUGCACGCAGCUGAGGUUGAGCGCCGCUCCCUGCGCCUCGAGGUGACAGAAUACAAACGGACCGUGCACGAGAUGAAAAAGGAGCUGGACAAGUCACAGAGUCUGCAAACACAAUUAAAUGAAUUCAAGCACUCUAAAUUGAUCACCCACGAGAAGUUUGAAAGUGCAUGUGAAGAACUAAAUAACGCAUUGCUUCGGGAACAGCAGGCACAAAUGUUGCUGAAUGAACAGGCCCAGCAGCUGCAGGAGCUGAACUAUAGACUUGAAUUGCACUCCAGCGAGGAAGCUGACAAAAACCAGACUCUUGGAGAAGCUGUUAAGAGUCUCUCCGAGGCAAAGAUGGAGCUGAGAAGGAAAGAUCAAUCUCUACGUCAGCUCAAUAGACAUCUUACCCAGCUGGAGCAGGACAAGCGUCGACUGGAGGAGAACAUCCGUGAUGCAGAGAGUGCCCUCCGCAUGGCAGCCAAAGACAAAGAAUGUGUUGCGAAUCACAUGAGAACUAUAGAAAACAUGCUUCAUAAGGUCAGAGAUCAGAUCUCACUGUCACGGACUGCAGCAACUAGGAAUGACUUCACCCUGCAGCUACCCAAACUGCACCUGGAGACCUUUGCAAUGGAGGGGCUCCAGGGUGGGCCAGAGGUGGUGGCAUGCCAGAAAGAAGACGUUCCCAACUCGGUGUUAGUACGAUGGCCGAGUAGGCUCACACUCCUGGGUGGUAACAGAUAGUGUAACCGCGGAGAAUUUGGCAGAUGUCCACAAACAGGAACGCCCCAAGUGCUCAGGAACUUAGCCUUGCUGAUGGCUGCCACCUGAGAGCUCAGAGCUCAGAGUCCAGGAAGCUCACAAUACACUUGGGUGAAGGAAUUCCAGACGCUUGCCAGGGUCACCAGGACUCGGCUUCUGUCACAGUUGUGCAUGCUCCUAAAUGACUUGGUUCUCAUGUCUUAUGUCUAGGCUCAUACUGUAUAAAAACUGCGAAUCUUUCCAUCUGUCUAAUGAAACUGUUUUAAGACUUAGUGUAUAAUAACUACCUCUGGAAAUGUAGUACAUUUCAUAAAUAUGUGUUUAUGAGUACUUCAUUAGAGAGUCUCCAUGUGAAACCUUUUAUUUAUAAAGAUUUUCCCUGUGAAUGCAGUAAUGCUCUAAUUGCUCCUAAACCAGAAGGUCAUAGCAAGCCUUUCUCACAGGGCUUUUGCUCAUGACUUUCAGGAUACCAUUAUUUUUACAUUCCUUUGAGAUACUUUUAAAAUUGAUAUUGAUAAAGAACAUUCUGAAGGAAACCUUUUAAAUUUUUUUAUUUGAAGAAAGGGGAAAGAAAUGGUACCCAGACCUAACCUGCCCGAGAAUAGACGAGCUGUGGUUAUCUGUGGCCGACUUCCCACGGGCUCUCUUGAUGAUGUUAGUGCCUCAGCCUACUAAUUGCUCUGCAAGAAACUUCUGCGUUUUUGGCAUUCUUAGAAAUUAAGAGAUGUUAGACAAUUUCAUUUAUAAGACUGAGCCAUCUUGAUACUUUUCUCUUCGUGUCAUCCCAUCUGCAUACAUGAAUUUUCAGAGAGCUAUUACCUUCUUAAACAUGAAAACGAGCCAUGUCGAGUGAAAAUCGUGUUAAAUAUAACAAGCACUACUUUUUAAAAUAAAAUAUUUCAGAUUAAACAUUUUAUUGUCCCAGUACAUUAGUUUUAUAACGUACAUUGUAAUCUUAUAACAGUAUUAUUAUACCUGCAUAUAUAGUGACAUUUGUCCCAAAUAAUACAAUUUGUUAGAAAAUUUGCUAACAUCAAAUACUGGGUUUUUAAAACAAUUAGGAAAGCUGUACAUGAUCCUGACAAAAAUUACACCCUAAUGAAUCUAAAAGAAAAUUAAGAUCAUCUGAAAUUUGGCAUCCAGACAGCCAGAGUUAACCUUUAAACCUUCCUUGUUAUGUAAGCCAUAAAUACAAACUCAUAACCAAAUAUCACUUGUAUAUAUUGCACUUCCAUAUGUAAAUGAUAACAAGGGCGUACCUACUAUUUUGUAAGCACUAUUUUUAACCCAGCAACACUUAGUUCCUUUUUUGUUUCUAAGUACCAGCUUUACAAGGUUGUAGGCUACCCUUUCCCUUUAGGUUUUCUCUUUUAUCGCAAAUGAUUUGUUAUGAUAAGGCACCUUUCUUUAACUUCACUGAUAAAAUGCAGUCUUGCAGACCACUAACCAGAAACUGUCUGUUAAACACUGCUCAGUUUAUGCUUUAAGAAAUACUUAAUGCAUGUGAUACUUGGCUCCUCACUGUGUGGGUUGUUGUUCAGAUCGGAGGUUUAAUCCCCCACACUCCCACUGGGACAUUUCAUCUGUCCUUAUCUUUUGAAAGAAAAAAAAAUGACACAGGAGAGCGAAGAAUGGGUUCACUGUAGCUUCUGCUGCAGUUCUGCAGACCCCCAUAGCUCUGUGCUUGCUGCGCGCGCACUUCCUGAAUUGUGUCAUCCGUGGGAGCGAAAGAUAUCAGUGCCCCGAACUAGCACUACGUGAUGCUAGGAGUGCUUUAAAAUGGGUAUGAUUUACAAAGUAAUCUUCCUAAUUGUGUCAUUUCUUUUCUUAAAGAAAAAAUAAUUAGGAAGAAGUUAAAAUCUAAGCAGAGUGGGUAUAUGAAAGGGAAUUUGAGGAGGCUGUGUGCCCCGCUGUGGAGCUGAUUGAAGCCUUCUUGCUGAACAUAGGUUGCUUGUAACAGAAAGUUUUACUCGUUUGUUCAACCACUGUCCUUCUCGUGGGACACAGCUUUAUGCUUUGGAAAGAGUCAAUGUGGUUACUGUUCUUGGGGUGUCAACAGUGCGACUGGGCUUCUGUCCCGCAAUCACCAUUUCCCAGAGUUCUUAGCGCUUCCUGCUUAAUAUCAAUUUCUUCUUCUGUACCAUGGAUUCCUGAGCUGGUCCAUCUUAGGGUGACUUUGACGUGCAUUUGGCAUGUCUGAAACAGUUUUCUUUACUAUUUGGUUUAUGUUCCUGGGUGAAGUAUAAGAUGACUCAGUGUCCACGAAGAAACCAGACUCUGGGGAUUGGCAGCCUCGAGGCUGCAGUCUGCUGUUUAUCCCGGAAUAUGCUACAACAUCAUGUUGAUUAGGAUGGUAGUUAGUUUCAUAACAGCAUGGCAUUUGGAAAGGACAGAACAAUCCCAUUUUCUAGGGAGCAGGGCAUCAAGGUAUUAGAGAGAUCAUGUGGAGAGACGGAAUCCCUGGAUUGGGGUCCUGACUCUGUAACGUAAGCACCUUGGCCAGUCCGUGUGCAUCAUGAGCUUCCACUCCCCCUCUGGGAAGGCGAUGAAGCCUGUCUUGCUUUGGCUCUCAGGGCUGUGGGAAGAUGGAUGAUGGGAUAACGUGCCCAUGAAGGUGCUUUCCACAUCAGGAAGUGCCGUGUGCACAGAACCUAAGGUGGAUCGAGCAGGUAAAGGUCUGGGUCAGGAGUAGUGACCUGAGUACAUGGAGGAAUAUUCUAGUGAUUUACUUUCGAUACUUUUCGAUGGAGAACAUGUUCACAUGUGCCUUCAAAGGGAUAAAAUAUUCAGCAGUUGCAGUGUUUCACUCUAGCGGAGUCUAAAGUCACCGCCAAGAUGUAGCUGGGUCAGCUCAGCACACACUUCUGUCUUUAUUGUGAGAGUUUCCGCCAUUAUCACUCUUUCCAUGUAUUCUUUCAACCCUCCUUUGUUACUGCUGUGUGCGCGACUUACAGUUUUUUGUUUGGAUUCUGAAUUCCAGUUCUGUGGAACAGUGGUGAUAUUUUUCUAUGUGUGAAAUAUUUGUUAUGCACUUAGCCAGAAAGAAAAAGGACAAAAUAAAAAGCACAGAUUUUU